CAGACAGGUAGCUGAGCCGGGAUUCGAACCUGGGACCUCCGACUCCCGAGCCCGAGCUCUUUCCACUGAGCCAGAACGAACGAAUGGACCGUGUGCGUUGGACGUACUUCCGGGACGGAGCGUGCGCCUGGGAAUAUUUCUCCGGCGACUGCCUGGGGGGCCGGUGACGAUGCCAGUGGAACGCAUGCGCAUGAGGCCGUGGCUGGAAGAGCAGAUCAACUCCAACACCAUCCCCGGCCUCAAGUGGCUGAACAAGGAGAAGAAGAUUUUCCAGAUCCCAUGGAUGCACGCGGCCCGGCAUGGGUGGGAUGUGGAGAAAGACGCUCCCCUAUUCAGGAACUGGGCCAUCCAUACGGGGAAGCAUCAGCCCGGUGUGGACAAGGCGGACCCCAAGACCUGGAAGGCCAACUUCCGCUGCGCCAUGAACUCCCUGCCCGACAUCGAGGAGGUCAAGGACAGGAGCAACAAGAAGGGGAACAACGCCUUCCGGGUCUACCGCAUGCUGCCGCUGUCCGAGCGGCCGUCCAAAAAAGGAAAGAAGCUGAAGACCGAGAAAGAGGACAGAGUCAAGACCAUCAAGCAAGAGCCGGUAGAGUCAUCUCUGGGGCUGAGCAACGGGCUGAGCGAGGUCUCUCCUGACUACGCGGUCUUGGCGUCGACGAUAAAGAGCGAGAAAGAGAGCACGGUGAACAUCAUAGUGGUGGGGCAGUCGCACCUGGACGGCGCCAUCGAGGACCAAGUGAUCGUCGCCAACCCGCCGGACAUCUGCCAGGUGGUGGAGGUGACCACGGAGAGCGACGAGCAGCCCGUCAGCAUGAGCGAGCUCUACCCCCUACAGAUCUCCCCCGUCUCCUCCUACGCAGAGAGCGAAACGACGGACAGCGUGCCGAGUGACGAGGAGAGCCCGGAGGGCGGUCCCCUGUGGCGGCGGCGGAGCGUCGAAGGGAAGCGGUACCUCUCCGACCGCGGCUCUUCCUGCCUGCUCCCCGGGAUGGCCACCUUCGUCACGUCCAACAAGCCGGACCUGCGGGUCACCGUGGAGGAGGAGAGCCGCCCCCUGCCCUACGACAGCUCCUGGCCCCCCUUCGCCGGCGUCUCCCCGGCCCCCGCCGACCCCCCGGCGGCCCCCGGCGGCCGACCCGGCCGCGAGACCCGGGCCAGCGUCAUCAAGAAGACCUCGGACAUCGCCCAGGCGCGGGUCAAGAGCUGCUGAGGGAGGGGACGGGACGGGCCGGCGGGGGGGCCGG